AUGUUUCGUUUAAAGGAAUUACAAAAGAAACAACAAGCAGCUGCAGCUGCCGCUUCGACACCAGCAACAAACGGAACUGGUGAAUCAACAGCACCAUCAACACAGACAGAGGUGACCGAAGUCAAGAGACAGAAUUCAAACGAUCUCAAAGAGAUCAGAAAACAAAAAUCAAAGGACAGUUACUUCUCACUCAAAUCCAAGCAAUCAUCCGAUGUUGGUACUGGUGGUAAGAGAGCUAACCCUGCUGAAUUACGUGCACAAAAAGAUGUCGAUGAAAUGGAAGUACCAUUGGGUUGCAAAGUUACAUUCAAAGACACCAACGACAUUCUCAAUUUCCAAUUAGACAUUACACCAACUGAUGGAUUGUAUCAGAGUGCGACAUUCAAGUUUUCAAUUAAUAUUCCAAACACCUACCCAUACGAUCCACCCAAGGUUCACUGCGACACACUUGUAUAUCAUCCAAACAUUGACUUAGAAGGUCAUGUUUGUCUCAAUAUUUUAAGACAGGAUUGGAUGCCAGUACUCAACAUUGGUACUGUCAUUUUCGGUCUUAUGACCUUGUUUUUGGAGCCAAAUCCCGAUGAUCCUUUGAACAAGGAGGCCGCUCAACUCAUGAUAGAUAAUCGUAAGACUUUUGAGACCAACGUCAAGCAAUCAUUACGUGGUGGAUAUCUUUGUAAUCGUCAAUUCCCUAAAUUGUUAAUUAUGAAAAAAUAUAUCUAUUUAUCUUUAUUAUUUGUAGUCUUACAAUUAAUAAUUGUUUUAUCAAAUGCUUAUGAUUUACAGCAAUUAGAUGGCCAAGAUAAUUGUUUUGCCCACCCAACACUCUGUGAUAAAAAUCAAACUUGUAUAGUAGACGACAAUCCAAAAUGUACUUCAGAUAAGAUUAAAGUUACAAAAAUACAAUCAUUCUCCGAUCACAAUGUGCUCAAUACAAUCAACCAAUAUGAAGUUACUUUACACAAUGGAUUGCCAAACGAUGUGAAACAAUUGCAGUUAGAACCGAUAGAACCAUUAAUUCUGAGGGACUAUAAAUCCUAUUGGAACAUUGGAAUCUAUCCAAAUGGUGAUUUGAUUACUCCUGACGAUCAAGUAAUUUAUAAAGACAACACAUUUGUUUUUGGUUUAAACCGAGGUAGAGCAGGUAAGGUAAGUAAAGUUAGCAAUAGAUAG